AUGCUUGGGACACCUAGAGUUCGAGAGCUUGGGUUCAGAAUACAAGAACUGAUAUCAGAGAGCUUAGGCCUGGAAAAGGAUCACAUAAAGAGUGUUUUGGGUGAACAAGGACAGCAUAUGGCUGUAAACUUUUAUCCUCCAUGUCCAGAGCCAGAGUUGACUUAUGGAUUGCCAGCACAUACAGACCCCAAUGCCCUAACUAUUUUACUUCAAGACCAAUCAGUAGCUGGGCUUCAAGUCCUCAAAGACGGCAAGUGGGUUGCUGUUAAUCCCCAUCCAGAUGCAUUUGUCAUCAACAUUGGUGAUCAAUUACAGGCAGCAAGCAAUGGGAGAUAUAAGAGUGUGUGGCACCGAGCCGUCACCAAUACUGAUAAGGCAAGGAUGUCGGUUGCUUCCUUCCUCUGUCCGGGCGAUAACGCGAUGAUCACCCCGCCGAAAGCUCUCACCGAUGAUGGAACCGGAGCGGUAUACAGGGAUUUCACAUAUGCUGAAUAUUACAAGAAGUUUUGGAGCAGGGACUUGGAAAAAGAACACUGUUUGGAAUUUUUCAAGAACUAA